AUGGCCCAAGACACCAAUCUUCUCGAUCCGCUCCUGCAGGAGGCGGAAGCGAGGCCUUACAGCCAACCAUCCGCCGUUGCUUUGACAGGCUCAGCUCAAGGCUCCCCAGAUACAAAUGAGCUGAGCCUCGACUUCGCUUCGGUGCCUUACAGUGUCCUGCUCCGUAAAGCUCUCGAAAGCGGCGGCGCACCGUUUCCGGUGCGGAAUCCUGGCAGCGCGUUCGUGGAUGUCUUGGGCUUGAUAGUAUCCAGCUCACCUUCUGAGACGACGACCUGCCAGCUCGUUGCCUCCGAGUCUGUAACCUUCUUUGCUUUCAAGUUUGAGUUCUUCGUCCAGCCUUUGUCCACGGUAACUGGAGACGAGCCGAAUGCCUCGCCAUCGGCGCCACGACCACUUUUAAGAUUUGGAAUGCCAACCCAUGGGAUCGGUGUCAGUUGGGAGGUGACUCUUUGUGACAUCUCAUGCUUGACCCCGCCGCCAUUCCGUCUUCUAGUCGAAUCGUUGUGGGCGUUGCGACUCGACCCAAAGAGAGCGAUUCCGCACAGCCGUCGACUUGAGCAACCCGAUAUGCAGCUCAACGCGAAGGGGCUUCCAGUGAUCAAUGCGCAGGUAGAGGGCGGGGACGACUAUCACGGAUUCGAGCGGCGGGUAGGCCCAGAAUUCAAGGCCAGCGUGGAAGCAGGAUGCAGACACCUUCAAUCCCAAAUCAAGGUGCCCAGAUCGUGGACCCGGAUGGCAGUAUCUUAUGCGCACAGAUGCACAGUCCCUGUCGGGAGAGUGCAGGGGAUGGAACAAUUUUCAUAUGUAAAGGGCAUACACAUGUGGACAGCGACAGCAGCGGGAGACCAGGAUGUGAAGUAG